AUGGAAGUCAUCAGCGCAAUUGGUAGUUUCAUCGCUAUUGGCCAAGCCCUUGCCGCUAUUCCGAAGAUCAUUAAUACACUUAGAUCUGUGGUCAAAGCUAGGCAGGAGUUGCUUCAGUUACUCAAUGAUGUGGAACUCCUAAAUUCGUUUGGGACCUUCAUUAGAGAAACGAUGGUCGAUCUAGACGAAGAGUCCAAGACCAAACUACGCAUUCCACAACUUGGCUUGUCGUUAAUUGAACGUGUUCGAGUGGAUCUCGAGUCGGUGGUACCACAGCUUGAAGAUCUUUGCCGUGCAUGCCAAUUAGGAAGAAAGGGAAAUAGCCCCAUGAAAGUCGCCAGAAUACAAUGGUUCCGACAUAGAAAGCGAAUCAUCUCUCUGAGCGAAAGGGCAAGGAAGAACUGUACCGAUCUACAAACCAUAUUGAGCUUGACUUCCUUCUUCGCUUCAACAGUGCAAGGAAGGAUGAUCAUUGAUAUUCAUACGGUAGUGAUGAGCCAGUCGCAUUCUCACGCUCGGUUAUCUGUGCUGCAGCUCCUAAGCCAGUUGCGAUACAUUGGCGAUGUAUCGUCUCACGCUGUUGAUACUAAUGGCAAAGACGACGUACCUGAAGGUGGUGUCAACCUAGGCUUUGGGGGUUACAAUCAACCCAAGCUCCAAGAUAUUAUAGGAGAGACAUCACCACAGCUAUUUCCCGAUGAAAAGGCAACUGAAGAACCACUAUUACAGUUCACGGCCGCGUUGCCAAGAGCUUGUGUCAGAGGUUGUCGAUGUCAAUGUCAUUCGCCUACAUCUCGAACCCGGCCACAUCCUGCCGUCUCAUCCAUACAUGGGUGGCUCAAAUCCGCUUACAACAUCAUUCCGCGACUAGGUACCCGACGUUGCGAUGUGUUUACUUGUCAGCGUGCUAAAUCACCAGUCUAUGUCAAUUUUCGCUUCCCAAUCUUAUUCUGUUCUCGAAGGCUCGAGGCGAGUCUGUCUUUUGACAGCGUCGCUGGCGUUGGUGCCUCGCUUCAUCUGCGCGUGGCGCGUGAGCUUCCAUUGAACGCAUCUAUUUGGGGGGAAAUAUCUAUGGGCAAGGUUGACAUGGUGCGCUUGCGUUUCUCUCGGAGAGAAAUCUCCCCUCUUGACGUCGCGGUUUUUGAGGAGUAUGAAUGCAUUAUGGAAUAUGUUUUCCUAUUCCGUCAUUAUGAGAUGAUGGAGCUAUUCUUGCAAGACGCGACAUCAAUUAUUCGAGGUACAGAUGCCGCAAAACGUUUAGUAGCAACAGCGAGAUAUAGAUUAUAUGCUUGGCGACUCUCUGAAAGCGAGCAAAAUAUAUUGCAAAAAGUAGUGGCACUGGAUGAGGAUAUAGACGAGUACUGGCCGAUUCACGAGGCGAUAAAAGGCGGCGGUGAUCUAGCCGCAAUCUUAAGAGAGUCUUCUGAGGAUAUUAACUCACUUGAUAGCUUUGGCUACGCGCCUUUGCAUUGGGCCGCACUGAAGAACGACGUUAUCGCGAUCCAACAUUUAAUAUCUCACGGCGCAAACCCUAAUAUCCACAACGCAUCGAGGGACACACCUCUAACAAAAGCUAUACGCUGUGGGCAACUCAACUGCAUCCCAGCUCUGAUCGACGGCGGAUGCGACAUUAAUGCUAUUUGUCAAGAUCGCGUAACAGCACUCUCUUAUCUAACCAUGUCCGAUGUGGAAGGCUCGGCGGAAAUGGUUAAUGUCCUUCUAGAAAACGGGGCCAUCUUCAUCCCUGACAAACUUUAUGGAGAUUCAGCAAUGCAUUACCUUGCGCAAACCCCCUCGGCGGCUGAAGUAGUAGAAAAGUUCCAAUUACUCGUCCAAGCUGGGGCGGAAGUCGGGCAGAGAAACAAGCAAGGUUGCACACCACUAGAUUGGGCAUGGGUUCAUAAUAAUCCGACCAUGGCUCGUUUACUGAUGGAUGCUGGCUGCGAGCUCAACGACACACCGGGAAAUCAGAAUGCCUUAGAGAUUGCUGCGCUUUAUUCCAAUGUAGAAAGCAUGAAUAUCAUUGGCGAAACCACGUUCACAAUGGAUGUGCGGUGGCGAGACGAAUAUGGGGACACUCCGUUGGACGUUUUUGAAUGGAGGAUGAAUACCUCGCUGUUACCUGGCCAAUUUCAAACGCCGGGCGAUGAAGACAUCGAAACAUUUGGGAGGUUGCUUAGUGUUGUGAGGGAUCGCUAUCUGAACACCGAGAUCCAGACCUUGGAAUCAGCCGUCCAACAUCUGAAAGAGCACGACUGCAUACUUGCACGAGAAACACUAAGUAAUGUCAUUGAGGAGAAGAUUAAGUGGAAUAUUCCAGCGGAGUACCGGACGUUCCGAGCCGUUGAUGUUCAGAUCAAGGAGGAGAUGAUAGAGGCUGCUAUCGAAUCCCUUGAAGAGUUCAUGGAGGUGUCGAGAUUACGUAUUGGGACAGACCCUUUUUCCAGCAACUAUUGUAGGGCAUGUGGCCUUAAAUAUCGAGGAUUGGUUGUUGAGAACACUAAAUAG